UGGGACAUUGUUACUACAGUGUGACUAUUACUGUUCUGGGGGCAUUGUUACUAAUAUCGCACUUGCCUUAUUACAGCUUUAUAAUACAAUUACAGAAGGUGGGGAAUCUGCUGGAACAGACGGGAAUAAGAUACAUUUGAUAAACAGACAUAAAAGACAAGGAAAUCAGAUAUGAGGAAAUGCCCUAUAACCUGUGUCCGUGGAUGUGCAAACCCCUCCCUUAGCCCCUCCCCUAACCCCUCCCCUAACCCCUCCUCACUAUUAUGGGCUGAGGAAGCACUCACAGUUUGGGAAAGGCAGAGACUCACACUAUUGGCGGACACUCACAUUCUGAGUAGAGGGCUAUAGGGGGUCUCACUGAAGGGCAGUUAUUACCAGUUCAGCAACGUAUAGCCGCCAAUCAGACAUUUGCUUCCAUUUUAUAACCGGUAAAUGAUUCCUAUCCAAUCUAUUAGCAGUUGUGGGUUAUUGCCCCGGUACAAUCUGCAUUUGUUUCUCCCCAAACUGCGAGAUGCCAGCAAUGUACAUACGUGGGGGUUGUGGGUCAGUGACACUGUUAAUGGUUACAGAGAUGUCCCUGUCUUAUCUACACAUAACCUGCCCCUUCCCGGGGCCACAGGGCUGUGUCACACACUCACGGGGCAGAAGGGUCAGCGACCACAUUCCCAGCAGCCUGCUUUCUCCUGUUCCUUUAGCCCCAAGAGCUUGCAUUCUACACCAUGAGGCUCUUCCCAGCAAUCUUCUGUCUGGCAGUGAUAAUGAGAGUGCGAGGCAAGGAACCAGCCCCCCACCCACAGUUCCUUGACCCCAGAGACGCAAUUAACCUCGGUCAGGACUGGGGUCAUGGAUUCCCUGCAGGAACGGUUCUUAUCGACCUGUUAAACAUCACCAGCUCAUCCUCCUCUUUUGAAGUUCAAACAUUCGAUCCAGAGGGGGUUCUACUAUUUGGUGAUUCCAGAGGAGGUCAUGACUGGUUCCUGCUGGGACUAAGGGCUGGGCGCCCAGAAAUCCAUAUUCAUAACCAGAUGGCGAAAGUGUCCGUGAGUGGGGGUCCGAAAAUAAACGAUGGAAAAUGGCAUAAGGUCGCAGUGCGCAGUCAGGAGCACCGCAUUGUCCUAGAGGUUGAUGGGCAAGAAGCCUUGCGUAUUGGCCACGUGUCCGAGGGGGUCACCUCCAGUCUGGACACCACUAUGAGAAUUGCGGUGGGAGGGAUUCUGACCAACAGCUCGGAACUCAUGGAACCAUUACACAUCCCCUUGGAUGCCUGUCUCCGUCACUGGGUCUUCCUUGGUGUCACUCCAAAAUGGCUCCUGGAUCCCACCUUCCUUCCUCACCCCAAGAGAUGUUUUGCCUCACAACGCAGCGGAAGUUACUUCCCGGGUUCCGGACACGUGGCCUACAGAACCUCAGACUUGCCUGCAGCAUUGUCUCAGACAGGAGGCCCGUGGGCACUCUCACUCCAGAUGGAUCUGUUCUCAGAGAGUCACGUAUUCCCACUCCUAAGGGUCUCACACCCAGAGACUGGGACUCUUCUCUUCCUUAGAGGGCAAGAUAGGAACCUGGUUGUGGAACUGGGGAACAAUACCAUCCUUACUCAGCAAAUGCCUGAUGUUGGAAGCAGUGAGGGGUACAAGUUCCACCUUACUAUCACCCCUAAAUCUGUCACGCUGCAAAGCGGGGAUGAAAAGGAGAGCGCAGACAUAUCUGAGGGAGAGUAUACAGCCCUGAGAGGUUCCUGGAUACACCAUGAAGGGGUCCUUUAUAUUGGAGGGGCACAGAGGGCAGAAGAGGAAUCUCCGGGGCAUUUCCGUGGGUGUCUGCAGAACAUUGUGGUGCAGGGAAGUCUCCUCGACUUGGACUCUGCCUCGUAUAAAAGCAACAGCGUCUGGGCCCACAGCUGCCCCCUGCCCACUCCUCAGGGCUGAACCCCCAAACUUGCCCCCCUUCUAAAUAUAUGGCACCUCCCACCCCAAGAAACUUCCAUGGUGAUAACUUCCUGCUGCCAGGAAUUCUGGGAAUCACUUCCCUGGAUGGAUUUUACUAAUACAGAUCCCUCCUCCCAUCUGUAGGCGACAGCCAAUAAGGAGGCCAGGCCCAUAUUUAUCCAUAUCUCAUGUCUGUGACCCACAUUCUAUGGUUCUGGUACCUGUGGGCCCCACAGCUAUCAAUAAGGGGCCGCGAGCGGAUAUCUUCCAGGUUUUGUUUGUGGAAUUAUCUGUUCCCAAAGUCUAGUCUUUUGGACUGAAACAUCCGGAAACAAUGUGGAAGUUCCAGAUCUCUUCUAUGUAAAAUAUUCUGUCUAGAACCCAUCCGUGUGGAACAUGCAGCUCUGAUCUAGAACCCAUCCGUGUGGAACAUAAAGCUGUGAUCUAGACCCAUCAACAUGGAGCAUGUAGAUCUGAUUCAGAACUCGAUUGUGUGCAACAUGCACAUCUGAUCUAGAACCCAUCCCUUUCACUUACCCACGACAAGCAUCCAAAUCUCAUCUUAAUAAAAUCUAAACUAGAACUUA